AUGCAUAUAGAGAAGAAUGUGAUGGACAAUAUACUUGGCACUUUGCUGAAUGUGAAGGACUGGACAAAGGAAAAUUACAAGGCACGCCUUGACUUGGCGAAAAUGGGAAUAAGGAGAGAACUCCACCUACAGCGAAAAGGUGAUGAUAAGUAUAUGAUACCGCCUGCGUGUUUUCAUAUGACUGCAUUGGAGAAAGAUGGUUUCUUGCAAGUUUUGCGAGACAUAAAAGUGCCCGAUGGAUAUGCUUCCAACAUCUCCCGCCGUGUCAACCUCAAAGAACGUAAGAUUUCUGGUUUAAAGAGUCACGAUAAUCACAUCCUGAUGCAACAACUCCUUCCAAUUGCUUUACGAGGAUCUUUGCCAUCGCAUGUUAUUAGGCCUUUGAUAAAGUUAGCUUGGUUCUUUAGGAAAAUUUGUUCGAAAACCCUUACGGUGUUUGAUAUUGCGAGUGCUGAGGCUGACAUUGCAGUGACGUUGUGUGAAUUGGAAAAGAUAUUUCCUCCAUCUUUCUUCACUGUGAUGGUACAUUUGGUCAUGCACUUGCCUACUAAAGCCAAGAUUGGUGGUCCAGUUCAGUACCGUUGGAUGUACCCCAUUGAGAGGUACCUCUCACGCCUUAAGUCUUAUGUAAGAAACAGGGCUGCUCCAGAAGGGUGUAUUGCCGAAGGCUACAUAGUGGAGGAAUGUUUAACGUUUUGUUCACGGUAUAUGGAAGGAGUUGAAACUAUAUUCUCACGACCCACAAGGACGAUGGAGGAGUCAACAGGGGUGGUUUCAAGUGUGGCACUAGAAAGUAGGGAAUUGACCCAAGCUCAUCGCUAUGUGCUAUUCAAUUCCGAGAACAUUUACCAGUUUCGUGAGAUGCACAAAAGUUUGACGAAGGAUGAACUUCAAAAGGGCCACUAUCGUAUAUCUAAUGCUACUAUUCAUAAGCACCACAUGGAGAACUUUUGUGGCUGGUUUAGAUCUCACGUGAUGUCAAUGACUGCUGCUGAUAGGGAAAGAACUGGACUUAGUGAUACACUUGUCACGCUUUCGAAAGGGCCAUAUACUUCAAUAAAUCAGCUGAAACAUUAUGUCAUAAAUGGGUUAAAAUUUAGGAGUUCGAAUGUCGAGGGAAAUAGAAAAACGCAAAAUAGUGGAGUUAGUGUUGCCACUGAAGGUGGCAAUAUGUACUAUGGUGUGUUGACAGAUAUCAUUGAGUUGAAUUAUUCUGGCAAUAUCAAACAUGUGUUAUUCAAGUGUAAAUGGGUUGAUGAUCAAAAUAGGAGGGGAUAUAAGACUGAUGAGUUUGGGUUUCCUAUGGUGAAUUUUAAUUAUUCCAUACAUAGUGGGGAGGAAAUGGUGCAUGAACCAUAUGUGUUGGCGUCUCAAGCUAUACAAGUUUUUUAUGUUGAAGAUAAAAGGCAGAAAGAUUGGUAUGUUGUCGUUAAAAUGAAAGCCAGAGAUGUAUUUGAUGCAGGUAUUGGGCCCCAUUGUAAUGAGGAUGACACGGAUGAGUUUCUUGAGAACAUCCCGUACUCUGUCACUAGUCCUGAUGUUGGUAGGGAUGACCUUCGUUGGGGUCGAGAUGAUGUGGAGGGAAUGACAAUUGAUGCCUCUAUCAUUGGUCCAAGAGAUCUUCCUGAAAUGGACGACUUGGAUGAGUGUGAGUUCAUUGAUGAUGACUCCAACGAUGAAGAUGACAACGAAGUCGAUUACAGUGAUGAUGAGUAG